AUGCGGCUCGAUUUCGUGUUUCCAGCGGCCGGCGCCGUGCCACAGCCAAAUGUGUCAGCCUUACAGCAAGAUGAAACCCAGCCUGGAUUGGAAGGGGACUUCGUCGACAAGCUGCUUAGCGGAGUAGUGAAUCCCAUCGAGCUGUGGCGUUAUGCUUACCAGGGCCGAUUGAGUGCCGAGGACAUGCUGGCGAUCGGGAUGACCAACGGGGAUGCCUUGCCAAGUGCACCAGCUAAUGGCACAAUGCAGCACGGCGCAACCAUCGACACGGCCCUAGCGGCUGCGAACAGGACAAUGAGCGAGCAGACGGCAGUGCUGCAAGGCGAACCGUCACAGCAGCAGCAGCAGCAGCAGCAGCAGCAGCAGCAGCAGCAGCAGCAGCAGCAGCAGCAGCCGCCGCCGCAGGGGGGCCGGAGCUUCGAGCAUGGCGCAAAUCAAGCGCCGCCAACGUGGCUCUGGCCAGAUCCGUUCACCUCGAUGGACACGCUGUUUGAAGGAGCGGGUAUGGAUGGGUUGAACGACAUGGUCGGCACGGACGAGCUUGAUGUGAAUAUGGACGUUGAGGAUAUCAACUGGCAGAACUGGCAGGAGUCUUUGAAGGGGCUGGAAAAGCCGACGAGUUCCCAGCUGCCAGGAAGCGGGCGAUGGGGAGGCCUCUAG